AACUGAUUGUCCAGACUGUGGAGAUUACCAAGCAUGUGGUAGACAUAGAGGAGAAAGGGGUGAAACUUCGCUUGACCAUUGUGGAUACACCAGGCUUUGGAGAUGCUGUAAACAACACAGAAUGUUGGAAGCCUGUGGCUGAUUAUAUAGAUCAGCAGUUUGAGCAGUAUUUCCGGGAUGAAAGCGGCCUUAACCGGAAAAAUAUUCAAGACAACCGUGUCCAUUGCUGCCUCUACUUCAUCUCUCCUUUUGGUCACGGUUUGCGACCUCUGGAUGUUGAAUUCAUGAGAGCGCUCCAUCAGCGUGUGAACAUUGUUCCUGUCUUGGCCAAGGCUGACACUCUCAUGCCCUCUGAGGUGGAACGAAUGAAGUGCAAGAUUCGUGACGAAAUUGAUCAUUUUGGGAUCCGGAUCUAUCAGUUUCCUGAUUGUGAUUCAGACGAAGAUGAUGAAUUCAAGCAGCAGGACGAAGCACUCAAAGACAGCAUCCCCUUCGCCGUGAUUGGCAGUAACACCAUUGUGGAGACGAAAGGCAGACGAAUCCGGGGGAGGCUGUAUCCUUGGGGAAUUGUUGAAGUGGAGAACCCAAUGCAUUGUGACUUUGUCAAGCUGCGCACCAUGCUGGUAAGGACCCAUAUGCAGGACCUGAAGGAUGUGACUCGGGAGACCCACUAUGAAAACUACCGGGCUCAGUGCAUUCAGAGCAUGACUCGCAUGGUGGUGAAGGAGCGGAAUCGCAACAAGCUAACUCGAGAAAGUGGGACUGAUUUCCCCAUCCCAACUACACCCACGGUGCCAGACUUGGAGACAGAGAAACUGAUCCGGGAGAAGGAUGAGGAGUUACGAAGACUGCAGGAAAGGUUGCAGAAAAUCCAACAGCAGAUGGAAGAUUCAUAGUAAUCAUAAAUUGCCCUCCCCUCCCCAGUAUAUUUUUUUUUGCCCCUGCUGGCUGGCAUCCUUCCAAAGCAGAAAAUGUUUACAUCCCCCUGAAUUUCACCCCAUCUCCAGUACUUGGUCCUUUUCAAACAUAAAUUGCUGCAAUGAUCGCCUUAAAAACCAAAGUUCUAUAAUUACUUACCCUUCUAAGAAAUGAGAAACUCAGAAAGGUUUCAAGAUGCUACCGCAACCUUCUAACAUGCAGGAACUUUUCCUUUCUCCAUCCCGUCUGGCUACUGAUCAUAAUUGUGGUGAUUUUUCUGCAGAGUGCAGAGACGAACUAUUCUGCAAAUAUUCCAGCACUGAAAGGAAACUUAACUCUCAUCUGAAAGGCAGACUGUGAUAAUUUGUACCAGCAACUUUUUACAACUUUCUAACCCGGUUGUAAAAAAGAUGCAAGUGUAAAAAGAAAAAAGGAAAAAAAAGCAGACAUACACAAAAACACAAGAUAUUCUCUCCAAGUCCGCCUUGAAAUUAUUGGCAAAAAUAUAUGUACACAAGAGAUGAAAUGACAAAAUUCCGAUCUUUACGAUGGUAAAAUUGAGAACUUUCAGCCUCGCAUCAGAUGUUGGGAAUGCUUUUAAAAAUAAUCCUUCUGGAAAAUCUGAAGGCCGUUAGCAGACGCCAGCAAUUACAUUUCUCAUGAUUAGUCCCCUUGAAAUGAAUGGGAGCUGCCGGAAUCUUGCACUGAGAAACUUUUGACUGAAUUAAAUACAUGAGCACUCCCUUUGCGAAAACUCUGUUUGGUUCUAUUUUAUAUUUAUCUCCUCGUAAGUGAGAGGAGUCAAACCAUGGAGUUAAUAUAGUUUUUGCAAGCUAAUAUUAUUAAUUUUAUUUAAUUUUUUCAAGCUAUUGUAUCAAAGCAAGAUAAAAACAAAAAGAAAUGUACUGUCCCACGCACAGCCAUGCACACCCAGCCGCUGAUGGACGUGCAAAAUAACCAAGCUUCUUGCAAGGAAUAUUCAGUUUCAUUUGAAAUCGUCCCUUCCCACGUGUUUUAAGUGACCGUGUCUCUCUUGUGAAUAUGUAUCAGCUCAUACCUUCAAUCAAGAACACCUAAAUUAGGACUUCUCAGCAAGUGGAUCUUGUAAUGUGUGGCUUAUUCCAAAUGGAAAUUUUCCUAAAAGUCUGGAGAAAAAAAAUGCCUGGCACUCUCCAAUCUCUGGAGGGUCAGUCCUUAGAAUCUGCAUGCUGCUGCUCUUGCGGGGAUCAGUCUUCUGAAUCUGCUAAAAAUUUCCGUCUCUGCUGAUGAUGCAUGCUGCCGUUACGCUUUGAAAGAAGAUCCCAGAGAACAAAGCUAUGCAUCGUUCUCAAACCAGCUGAUUGGUUGCUCACAGAAAAUGUUGGUGAGAUGCUUUCAAAAGUAGAGAAACAGCCAAUCCAUCCAUCCUUCUAGGUCUCCCUCACUUCAAGGCUGUUCAGAAGGACCAUCAGAAUCCCUGAUGGUCAACCAUGGCAAUAAGGCAUUUUCCUCUUUCAAGGAGUGGUGCCGAUGGAAAGUGCCCUGAGAGAAACCAAAGUGAUCCGAUCUCACUGGAGAUACGGGUUGCAACCCAGGAAAGCCACCUGCUGGUCCAGUUUUGAGCUGAAGUAUGGAUGGCCUCUCAUUAAACAGGCCUUUUCUCCCUGUAGGCUCCACAAUGAAAGAGAAGCAAAGGAUUGGCAGAGGAUGGAGAGGAAUUCACAGUGCAAGCGAGUAGGACUGGGGACACCAACCUGUUGGAGCAAAAAGAAGAUGAUGCUUCUGAAUAAAGCUAACUAUCUUCCAUUUGUAGGCCAGCACAGCAUGAGAACUUGCUGGAUCAGACCAAAGCUCUCAUGUUAGUAGCAAUGGUAAUUAGUGGUGUCUUUCCUCUAGCCAUGGAGGCUCAGUAGGAGGCAAUGGUUGAUAGAUACCUGUUAGUAGGGGAAUGCAGUGGCUCAGUGACUUAAGAUGCUGAGCUUGUCGAUCAGAAAUGUCAGCAGUUCGACAGUUUGAAU